AUGAAGAGGAGUCUUUUAGCUCAGGUUCCCACUAACUUUUUAAUGUACUUUGUGAUGCCACCCUCUGUGUGCAGUGCUGAUUGUGUACCUGCAUUCAGAAAAUUCUGGCAGGAGGGAAUGACAGUCUGCUGUUUUGAUUGCAACCCGUGCCCAGAAAAUGAAGUUUCUAAUGAGACCAAUGUGGAUCAGUGUGUGACAUGUCCAGAGGACCAGUAUGCCAAUAUAGACCAGAACAUGUGCAUUCACAAAUCUGUGGUCUUUCUGAGCUAUGAAGACCCAUUGGCUUUGACGUUAAUGGUCAUGUGCUUCACUGCAUGCACAGCUGUGGUUGUUGUGAUCUUUGUGAGGUAUCAUGACAUGCCUAUUGUGAAGGCCAAUAACCGCAGUCUCAGCUACAUCUUGCUCAUCUCACUCCUCUUUUGUUUCCUGUGUCCCUUUCUCUUUAUUGGACAUCUGAAUGCAGCUAAAUGCAUCCUGCAGCAAAUCACAUUUGGAGCUGUAUUCACUGUGGCUGUUUCCAGUGUGUUGGCCCAAACAGUUACUGUUGUUCUGGCUUUCAAAGUCACAGCCCCUGGAAGAAUGAGGAGGUUCUACAUGACUUUAAGGGCUCCCAACUAUAUCAUUGCCAUCUGCACCCUAAUCCAAAUUAUUCUCUGUGCAGUCUGGCUGGGAGUUUCUCCUCCAUCUAUUAACAUUGAUGCACACUCAGAGCUUGUACACAUCAUAAUUAUAUGUGAAAAGGGCUCAGUUACUGCAUUCUACUGUGUCUUGGGGUACCAUGGCUCCCUUGCCUUUGGGAGCUUCAUUGUGGCCUUCUUGGCCAGGGAUCUCCCUGACACAUUCAAUGAAGCCAAGUUGCUGAACUUCAGCAUGCUGUUGUUCUGCAGUGUCUGGGUCACUUUUCUCCCUGUCUAUCACAGCACCAAGGGUAAGGUCAUGGUGGCUGUGGAGGUCUUCUCCAUCAUGUCCUCCAGUGUUGACCUUCUGGGAUGCAUCUUUUUCCCUAAGUGCUACAUCAUUUUGUUAAGACCAGAGAGAAAUUCUCUUCAAAAGAUAAAGAGGAAAACAUCUUUCUGA